AUGAGGCACGGCCUCCACCAGCAGCGAGGAACGGCCCUUCCCUCCACCAGCAGCACUGAGGCACGGCCCCUCCUCCACCAGCAGCACGAGGCACGGCCCUCCUCCACCAGCAGCACGAGGCACGGCCCACCCUCCACCAGCAGCACGAGGGCCAGCCUCCCUCCACCAGUGGCACGAGGCACGCCUCCACCAGCAGCACGAGGCGGCCUACCUCCACCAGCAGCACGAGGCACGGCCUCCUUCACAAGGCAGCACGAGGCACGGCCUCCUCCACCAGCAGCACGAGGCACGGCACCCUCCACCAGCAGCACGAG